AUGGCUACCACCACAAUUGAAACCGCAGCCCCCGUCUCGGCGUUCACAACGGUGCAGCUGAUGACACCGGACGGACCUGUUUCCCGUCGUGUACGCUGUGGGGCACCCCGUACUCCGACCCUGGAUGAGAUGCCCGUCAUUGACCUCAGCUCGCUUGACGGGGAUGCGACCGCGCGCAAGGCCAUCGCCACCAAGAUCAAAGCAGCUGCUGAGAAUACGGGUUUUUUCUACGUCAAAAAUCAUGGCAUUCCUCAAGAAUUAAUUGAGCAAGCUCUCGAACAGUGCAAGGCCUUCUUCAACCAAGAGCAAGAAGCCAAAGAUCGGGUCUCGUUUGAGAAAGCGGGCAAGUUCUGUGGUUAUCAUGGUGUUGGAAGCACACAGAUCAAUAAUCAGGAAACUAGAGACAAGAAGGAGACUUUCUCCAUGCGAUAUGAUACUCGCAUCGACCAGACUCAUGAAUGCACGGAUGACAUUAACUCCAACUUCUCCUCCACAGAUUAUGUCUGGGACGGGACAAGCCAUCUCACAAAGUUCCGUCCUGUCCUCACCGAGUUCUAUCAAAAGCGACUUACCCUCGCCCGUAAACUCAUCCGCUUAUUCGCACUUGCCCUUGACCUACCCGAAGACUACUUUGACUCUAUCAUCACGACUCCCGGCGCUGAUGCAGUGCACAUCCACUACCCCGGCACCGACGGAAACGCCGAAGAAGUCGACGUGGGUAUUGGCUCACAUACUGAUAUUCAGUGCGUGACUCUGCUCUGGCAGGAUAUGUCCGGUGGUCUGCAAGUUCUCUCUGCAGAUGAUGAGUGGCUCGACGCUCGGCCGAUUGAGGGGACUUUGGUCAUCAACAUUGGUGACUUUUUACAGAGACUCUCGAACAAUCGAUUCAAGUCGACGGUGCAUCGUGUGUAUAAUCGCCAGAAGACAUCUCGCUACGCUAUGCCCUUUUUCUUGGGGUUCAACCCCGACGCGGUGUGCGAAGUUCUACCGACGUGCAUUGACGAGGAACAUCCUCCCCUCUAUGAGCCGAUUUCAUGCGGCAAGUGGCGUGACUCUCGUUUAAAGCUGGCCGAAACUCCGGAUAAGAAGGCAGUAUAA